UUAAGCAGCCUUGGGUUCUCCAAGGGUGGUGUCACUCCUCAAACUACCCAAUAUGGAGGCCUUAGGCCGCUCCCUACCCUUCCUCUUCCUCCUCCUUUUCUCCUCAUCCCUUAUCUUUUCAUCAUCAGCCCUCUCCGAUGCCGAAGCAGCCUUCAUCGCUCAUCGCCAGCUACUUACUCUUCGAGAGAAUGGGGACCUCCCUGACGAUUUCGAAUUUGACAUCAAGAUUGGCGUCCGCAUUGCCAACCCUCGCCUUCGCCGCGCCUACAUCGCCCUCCAAGCAUGGAAGAAAGCCAUCUACUCUGACCCCCUCAAUUUCACCGGCAAUUGGGUCGGCCCCGAAGUGUGCACCUAUAAUGGUGUCUUCUGCUCCAAGGCCCUUGAUGAUCCUAAUGUCACCGUUGUCGCUGGUGUCGACCUCAAUGGUGCCGACAUUGCUGGCUAUCUUCCUGUCGAGCUUGGCCUCCUCAAUGACAUUGCCAUCUUCCAUAUCAACUCCAACCGUUUCUGUGGCGUCAUCCCAAAGAGCUUCUCCCGCCUCGCUCUCCUCCACGAGCUCGAUGUAAGCAACAAUCGCUUUGUCGGGUCCUUCCCCAUGGUUGUCAUUGGCCUACCCAAUCUCAAGUACCUUGAUCUUAGGUUCAAUGACUUUGAGGGCCCCAUCCCAUCAGAGCUCUUCGAUAAGGAGCUCGAUGCCAUCUUCCUCAAUGACAACCGUUUCAACUCCCAUAUCCCUGAAAACUUCGGUAACUCGACAGCCUCCGUCAUCGUCCUCGCCAACAACAAGCUUGGAGGGUGUAUUCCAACUAGUGUUGGAAGAAUGGGAGCUACCCUCAAUGAAAUAGUCUUGAUGAAUAAUGGGCUGGUUGGCUGCUUACCAUGGGAGAUUGGAUCAUUGGGCAAUGCAACAGUGUUCGAUGCUAGCUGGAACUCAUUAAUUGGAGUGUUGCCCAAGAGCUUUGUCGGGUUGACCAAAGUUGAGGCAUUAGAUUUUUCGCACAACAUCCUCACUGGCAUCGUACCAGAGAGUCUUUGUCGACUACCAAGCCUCAUCAACCUUACGUUCUCAUAUAAUUUUUUCAAAGGUGAGGCUAAGGAGUGCAUGCCAGGAGCAAGAUCGGAUAUUGUGUUUGACGACAUCAACAAUUGCCUUCCAAAGAGGCCAAAGCAAAAAUCUGCAAGGAUGUGUGCACCAAUUGUGAAUCGUCCAGUGGAUUGUAACCGAUUUAAGUGUAGAGCUUCUCCCAGCAUCCCCUCAAAGCCAUCACCAUCUCCGAAGCCGACGAAGCCAUCUCCAUCUCCGAAGCCUGUGAAGCCAUCGCCAUCUCCGAAGCCAGUGAAGCCAUCGGCUCCAAAGCCAAUGACACCAACACAUCCAUCUGUUCAUUCACCACCACCAGUUCAGUCAUCACCUCCACCAUCUCCAACAACAGUGCACUCACCUCCACCUCCACAAGAAAAGGAAAUAGUUGUCCCCCCAGUAUACUUCCCACCACCAGUUCAAUCACCACCCUCACCAUCUCCAGUGCACUCACCUCCACCUCCAUCACCAAGUGACACUCCUAUAGCUCCAUUGCAUUCUCCUCCGCCACCGCCUUUGGUGUUCUCACCACCACCACCACAAUCCACGGAGGCACCUGAUACACGUGUUCACUCACCACCACCGCCGACUCAAUCUCUUCCCCCUCCAACACCAAUAAGCUCACCACCACUACCAGUGUAUUCCCAACCUCCUCCAGUACACUCAGCACCCUCUCCAAUAGCCCAGUCUCCACCUCCUCCAAUCUUCUCACCACCUCCUCCGAUGAACUCACCACCCCCACCUAAUGUCCCUUCCCCACCUCCUCCAAUGAGUUCACCACCCCCACCAAUUGUUGUCCAAUCACCACCACCUCCACCUGUCCAAUCACCACCUCCACCUGUCCACUCACCACCGCCACCCAUCUUCUCACCACCCCCUCCAAUUCACUCACCACCCCCACCAGUGGUCCAUUCUCCCCCACCUCCAAUCCAGUCACCACCGCCACCUAUCUUCUCACCACCCCCUCCAGUUCACUCACCACCCCCACCAGUGGUCCAUUCUCCCCCACCUCCAAUCCAGUCACCACCGCCACCUAUCUUCUCACCACCUCCUCCAGUUCACUCACCACCCCCACCAGUGGUCCAUUCUCCCCCACCUCCGAUCCACUCACCACCGCCGCCACUAGCAUCUCCUCCACCACCGAUGCAUUCACCCCCACCACCAGUUGCUUCUCCACCACCAUCACCUAUCUUCUCCCCACCACCACCUGUCUUCUCUCCUCCUGCACCAGUCUCCUCACCUCCACCACCACCAAUUUCAUCUCCUCCACCGCCUCAAGAUGACUUCAUCCUUCCACCAAUUAGUGGAACAAGCUAUGCAUCACCGCCUCCACCAAUCUACGCAGGCUAUAACUAGAUUUAGUUAGCCCUCUGUUCUCUGAGAACCACAACUUCUCUUAGCAAAUUGUUACGAGAAAGCAAUCUCCCACAAUUUGUCAUAUUAUAACGGAGCACUUGGUUUUUACUUUUUUAUAUAUGGCCAUUCAAAGGAGGGGGCAGGGCAAGGCAACAACUUGUAAAUCUAUCAUUUCUUUGUUAAAUGAAUCUUAUUUAAAUGUUCAUAUUUA